AAUAAAGUCUGAACCAGUCAUGACACUAAGCAGGGACAGGCCUUAGAAAAGCAUGGAUUGAAAAACUUCCAGUAUUUGGAGCCAUCUCCCCCACGAAGACCACUUUUUUGGGGUGCUCCCACAGUCCCCUAUGCCCUUGUGGCAUGAAGGUGGUCAGCUUCCCCAGAGCUCCCAAGAGGCGGAAUCACACAUGAUUCACCACCUGUCCCUGAUCCCUGUGCACAGCACAGGGCAGGGCCAGGGGCUCCCAGGUGGAUGGAUAAGUGAGAACAAGUGCUGCACUCACCUCUUCCUUCCUAGCUCCUGUUAAGGAAUCAAAAAAGAUGAUGCCCAAAACAGCCCUCCCUGCAGUCAAGAAGCUGAUGACAGUCUACGGUGGGCCCAGCAAAGCCAAGCCACCUGGUGGAGAUGGUCAGAAGCGCCCCUCCCGAGACUUGGGCUCCAGAGUCAGCCUCUUGGGUGGGGGUCCAGUCCACACUGGCAGAAAGCGAUCCAGAACUCAGGCUACCCGGCAACGACCAGCAAACACUCAGGAGGAAGAGCGGAAAAGCCGAGCAAAGGCCCCUCCCAUGAAUAAAACUGCUACUCUGGGCAAGACACUCACCCCAAAGAAGACACUCACCCUGCCUCCACGCAAGGCCCCCAGUCCAGAAGGGGUCUUUUCUUUGGAUGAAGCCCCUGCUCAAGGUGUCUCUCCUGAAGAUGAAGCCCUUUCCUCAAAGCUAGUUUCUUCUGGGGUCGAGGCCUUGUCCCUAGAAAAGGCCUUGACCUUUGAGCAGAUGUUCUCUGAAGAGACCUCUUCUGGGGACAACACUCAGCCCCAGCCCUUUCCGGACUCAGCCCCGUCCAAGUCCAAGACCAAGGGCAAGUCUUCCUUGGUCCACAAGCCAGAGGAACACCCCCUUGAUAAGAGGGACAGCUCUGCACUCCAAUUAGAGGCUACGUCCGGGCCCUUUGAGAAUCUGGUCCAACCCUGGGAAGAGCCCACCACCCUCCAGGAGAAGACUCCUGCGAAGGAUGAAACGACCCCCAAAGAGGAGGCACCCCCCGAAAAGGUAGCCCUUGCUCAAAAGCAUCCACACCCUACCAAGCUGACUCCAGGCCCUCAAGGAACUCCCACCCUUCCUUCACAGGUCCCACAAAAUCCCACGGUCAGCAAAGAUGACAAAGAGGAGGUCACAAAGCUACAGGAGGAGGUGGAGUCUUUAAGGAAGGCCCUGGAGCUGAUGGGGGAGCAGCUGGAAAGUAAGCUAAUGGACAUCUGGGAGGAACUGAAGAGCGAGAGGGAGAGGCACCAGCUGCUGGAGGUUCAGAUGAACCUGAGGACCAAGGAAUCCCUGACCCCAAUCUCCAGCCCCACUCAGCCGCUGUAAGGUGGAGCCUGGAGCGAAGUCUGCCUCCGGGCAUUGACGUCUUCGCACACAACUUUGGGAUAGCCAAGAAAAUAAACUUUACUCCAUUUA